AUGACGGUCCGACGCGGCAUUUUUUCGCGACUGGGGCAGACCGUGGGUCUCGUGCUCGCCGCGAGGGCCUUCGUCUCGGCCGACACUGCGCCUUCGCUCUACGAUUACAAGUACGAUGGCACGACCACGUACUGCUACUGGAUCGACCAGGGCAUGCAAGUGUCCAACUUUGACUUCGCCUACGUGCUGGACGAGGGAGUCGGCUCUGCCUGUCCGCUCACGGUCUCGCUUCAGCAGGCCACGACUGGCACCAUCGUCUCGGGCAGCGAAGUCGAGUACACGUUCACCGCCACUUUGAAUCUGAAUGACAAUGUGUUUAACCUCACGGAGCUACAGACGACGGUUCCUGACCCGACCACGGGUCUCCCCAUGCAGAUCGGUCACGCUAACAUCCACACGUGCUCGCGUUCGACAGUGUGUGAUAUCUUCCGGCCCGGCAGCAACCGCAAAAUUGUCGACCAAGAGACAUCUAACUUUACUAGCGCUGGCACAUCGAGUUUCCGUCAGAGGAUUAUGUACGGUAGCCCAGGAGAGCGGAAUGUCUUUGCGCACAUCAUCCUGCCACCGAAGGAUUAUCUGAAGAAGAGUUACCACUUUAUCACGUUCUUGACGACGAAUGUGGAGGCUAGUACAACCAGUGCAGCUGCUGAUAGCAGUUUGGGGAUGUCGACUGGCGCAACGGUGGCCAUGAUUCUCGGUGGAGUGGCUGUCGUGGUUGCUGUGAUUCUCUUGGUCGUGUUCAACCGCCGCAAACGCCGACCUGGACGGGACAAUGACCACUUUCGAAACAGCGGCUUUGACUUGCCAGCGUCUAAUUGUGCAAACAAGUCCAAGUCCCAUCUUGACUGGAGUGCCGAGCCCGACACAGGGCUUAGUUCUGGCGUCAAGGACAACUUCUCGGCGCAAAACUCUCGAGGUCCGGCACUGAAUGCCAGCGCCCUCGUCUUCAAUGACAGACUCAGCCGUCAGAACAAGACCGUGUCAUCAUCAGGUUCUCUCCACUCAAGCCGGGGUCCUGGUGACUCUGGCAUCAUGUACAACAACUACGACACUCCGAUGCAGGGGUCUGGCAACAAGUUUGGCGCUUCUGGGCGCUCGGGCAGGGACCAGUUCAAUCAAUCGCAGUCGAUGUAUCCCGACGACUCAAUGUAUGAAGGUGAGUCUCGCAUUGUCGAAGAAGACUCUGACCUUGAGUAUGGGCGCACUCCGGACCUCGAGACCUUUGGCAUCCAGGCUGGUGAUGAUGGUCCAUCUUUUGAAAGUGAGACGUCUAUGGGUACUUCUUUCGACUUCAACACGGAUAACGCGAAUUACGCUCAGCCUACAUACAACCCGCUUAUCGGGGGCUAUGGACGUGAGUCCGACCUGUCGAGCAUGGGCGAAACUGCGGAAUACAACAAGUUCGACCAGCCACCACGUGGCGACAAAAUGGACGCCAUGCUCACGUCUGCACUCGAUGGCGACGGUAGGCGAUCUAGCGGAGAUCGCAGCAGCUCGGUCUCGUCGAUCGGUACCGUGGACUUUACACAAGACGAACCUUCUGUUCGUGCUCAGAAGCCAGUGAAGUUUGAACCGCUGGAUGAGACGUUGACAAUGUCUGCUAUCGCGAAGGCAAAGAUGGCGAAACCCGAUCGUCCGGCCUCCGACGGCUUUGCCAAUUCCAACUCCAGCGACGGCGCUGAGUUUGUUGUUCAUGACAGCAGCACCGCCAACUUUGGAGCUUCGAGCGCCAGCACCGAUUUUGCCAGCACUACUAGCUCGGACGACAUUGACGGCAAGAUGAGGUUUGGCAGUACCGUCAACAGUGUGGCUAAGUAUGGUGGAAGCUUUGCCAGCACUGCAGACAUCGUUGGGGCUUCUGAUUUCGGAGCCAGCGGCGUCACUGACAUUGUCGCCAAGUCUGACUUCAGUGGUAGCCGGACGGGCGACUUCACGCAGCCAAGCAGCUUUGGUGACUAUGACGAAGGAAGCAGCCUCAGUAGUGACUUGGAGGGAUCUAGCUAUAACUCUGGUCUCAGUGGUUCCAGCUACGGCGCCGAUGAACCUGGCAGCAGCUAUGGCGCUGGAAUAGGUCAUGGACUAGACGUGACUGGGUCGGCAUUCGAAGCGACUAAGUCGGACAAUGGUCUUGGCGACACGCAGUCAACGUACGAUUUCCACGACAAGUCCUACUGUGCGGCCGACUCGUUUGCCACGACAGCAUCGGACGAUGAACCGGCAAAUGCUGAUGGUCUCCGUCCGAGGCGUGUGUCUUCGGCUGACGGCGAGAGCUACGAGUUCUAG